GCUGAACCCCUCUUUUGUCAUUGUAAUUAAUUAAUUCAUGGAGGUUGAUAACAGUUCUUCUUCUACUUCGAAGUUCGAUUCUUGUCCGGUUUCGACUCGGCAGAGGUUUACCAUUGAGCUGAGGCCCGGUGAGACCACAAUUGUUUCAUGGAAGAGGCUGAUUAAGGAUGCUCACAAAGCUGAACCUCCUUUGACUCAAGAGACUCAGAAGGUUCAGGUCGCUCUGGAUGAAUAUUUCCAAGAUGAGAAGGCAGCCACUAAGCACAACGAUUUUACUGAUAAUAAGGGGAAAUCAAAACAGCUAAAUGAACCCACUGAUUCUACUGAAGGCCAACUGAAAAAGCGGAAGAAAUAUAUUCCAAAAGCUUUAGGAGAGAAGACUGAUGAUCAUGUACCAAAUAAGCAUGCAAAAUUAGGUCAUGCAAGGCCGAAAGUUGCUGCAAAGAAAUUACUGUUGGGGAAACAACCUUCCAGUCUCUCCCAGAAUUUUGCUGCUAGCAGUGACCAUUAUCAUGAUAGAAAAUCACAGAAUCCAUCAAAUUCUCCAACAGUAUUCUCCAGAAAGAAGCUUGCUGAUUCUAGCAUUAAAUCUGAGUAUUCUUUCUAUGCAGGAAUCCCAAAUAAAGAUGCUUCUGUACUUAAUCUAAAUUCAAAAGAUACUGAAAAGCAGAGGAUUGGAAUUGCCCAUUGCAGGAGUUUGGGGAACAAAUUAAAGGAUGAGAAUAAACUCUCUGGUGCUAUCGAUUUGAGAUAUGAAGAUAAAAAUGCUUCUAAAAAACUAGAGCCUCAGGUGAACAGAAUAUUGACUGACACCAGUGAAUUUGAAUUCUCGACAAAUGUUUGGCAGAGGGAGAAGAAUGGAAUUAAUGGAUUGCCUGACCUUAAUAUUCCUGCUUCUCCUACCGAGCCAAUGAAAAUGGCCUCCUAUUUAAAGGAUGUCUCGAGUUUGAGGCCAAAAGGUUCAUCCCUUGAAAGGGCCAUCAGGGAGUUGGAGAAAGUAGUUGCAGAAUCAAGACCACCUAAUGUAGAAGUUCAGGAAGCUGACACUUCAUCCAUAGCUAUCAAAAGAAGAUUGCCCCGUGAAGUGAAGCAAAAGCUUGCUAAAGUUGCUAGACUGGCGCAGUCAAGCCAAGGGAAAAUAUCCAAUGAGUUAGUUGAUCGACUUAUGAGUAUUCUCGGGCAUCUAGUGCAGCUUAGAACGCUGAAGAGAAACUUGAGAGAGAUGGUUCUACUUGGUCUGUCAGCCAAGCGUGAGAAAGCUGAUAGAUUUCAACAAAUCAAAUUGGAGGUCACUGAGAUGAUCAAACUACAGGCAUUUAAACAAAGUGAUGGAGCAGCUGAUAAUUUUCAAGAAGCAUUUGGUUCAGAGGAAAAAAGAAUCCACAGAGAAAAAUUUAGUAUGAAUAGUGCACUGGAGGACAAAAUGUGUGAUCUUUAUGACCUAUACAUCCAGGGGAUGGAUGAAGACAAAGGUCCACAAAUUAGAAAGUUAUAUACUGAGCUUGCAGAGUUAUGGCCAAUUGGAGUCAUGGACAGUCUCGGGAUAAAGAAAGCAAUCUUUAGGGCAAAGGACCGUCGAAGGGCAUCACAUGGUGAUGAGAAGGCUCAAGAAAAACUGAAGAAUAAGAAGUUGCCUGGGCCAAGUACCGACGGCAUUAUUCGGGGAGAAGUUAGCUCAAUGGCUCAACCACAAGCGUUUUAUGAGAAAACGAUUGCUGAGACUAAUACCCACAGUAGCUUAACUACUGAUCAUCAUCACCAUGCUAUUGCUAUGAGAACAUCGAGUUGUAAGGCGAAAGGUUCAAAUACAGAUUUGCAUAAACAAGAGAGGCUUGAGAAACUGGCCUACCCAGCGUCAAGAGAGCAACCAAAGCAGCAACAGGCAGAACCAGAAAGUAGUAUGAACAAGUCAUCAUGGAGCACCAAUAAGGAAUCUCUCAAAUCUCAAAAGCGGACAGUUGGCUACCCAGAUGGUUUAAGCAACCAGUUGGCAGCCCCUUCUAACAGUGGAAGACCCUGCUAGCAUGUUAUAUUAUGUAAAGGUGCAAAGUUUGUAUGAUUUUAGGGAAUUGCAAAACUGCAGGCGGGCUGUUUUAUUGCUGCAAUGUGAUUGUGCUCUUGCCAACAAAAGAUACCCAGUGAAUAGCAUGCAUCAGUGUAGAGGUAAUAUUAUGGCUAUAGUAAAGAGUAGAGUUGUUAGAUAGGUAUUAAUAGCACAAAGUUGUAAUGUUUAGGCAGACAUUGAACAAUUUAGAGGAAUUGUUUAUGGAGGCCUGCUUUAAUGGUUGAUAUGGUUUUCACCUUUGUUGAUUA